GGGCAACAGCGGGCCAAUUCUGGCAUUGGGCCCUGUGAUCAUAUGUCCAAUGCAACGACCAUUUGCGGCUGAGGAAACGUGUCUAACGAGACACGUUCGAAAUGCAGGGUGCUGAUGCUUGCAUCAGCAGAGGAUUAAACCAUGGCUAAAGCCCUUUCCCCAGUGGACGGCCUCUUACAAGCUGAAAUUUGCUGAUUACCCUGCUUCGAAAGCUCGAAGUGUUACGUAGGGCACCACAAGGCAACUAGGAUGGGGGCCCAGCAGCGGCGGGGCGAGCCCAGCCGCAGCGCCACCCCCGGGCGUAACUCUCAGGGGAGCCACAUGAGUUCCAUCGUUCUACCCCCCAGCCAGUGGCCCACCGACACGAGAAGGGACGGCAUCGGGGGCACAUCAGCAAAGAGCCGGCCAGCUAGCGGUGGGGCGCAGAACAGGCCUGGGACUGCAGGGAGCAGCAGGGCCAGGGCGCAGUCCGCAGAAAGAGUACGGCCCAGGUCUGCCUCAUCUGCCGGACGGUCCAUCCCUGAGUCCCCCGUCCGACGCCCGCGCGUGCGCGACAUCCCCAAGAUGUACUACGAGCUGCCACAGUCCCCUCCGAUUGAAGCAAAAGUGUACCGGCCACCAUUCUGGUCAGAGGAUACUUGGGGCACGGCAGAAUGCGUGUCGCCAAAGGAGCUCAACAAGCGAGGGCUUACCAGGACCCUGUCAGGAAAAAAUCUCACGCUCAGGACCCGUUCGCUGAACCUGGUGAGCUUGGGCGAGAAAGAGAAGGAGAUGAAGGAAGUCAUGAAGACGCGCAGGACUCUGCACGAGGGCGACAAGCAGGCGCUCCAGCGGACGUUCCGGGCGGUCGCGCGUACAAUGGUGUGCCGUGUGACGCUGGAGGAGUUCGUGGAGGCGUGGGCGCUGCUGGGCGUGGAGGUGUCCAAGGAGGAGGCCGCCUCCUUCUUCCACGUCUACGGAAUGGACAAGCAGGGGCUCAUGCCGUACCAGGUGUUCACGAACGCGCUGCUGACGCUGCCCGCCAAGAUGCGCGGCAUGGGCGCCAUCCGGCGGGGCGCCUUCGAAAAGGACGAGCAAAAGGAGUUCCUCGGCAAGAUCAUGUAUGCUAAGUGCAAGACGGGCGUGUUCGCGCCCAGUGACUGGAACCCCGCGCUGGGGGAGCGCUCCGCGCAGCCGCCAAAGGCGUCUAUGCGCCUCGAAUGGGUGCAGGGCUACAGCGGCCACAACAAUGUGUCACCGAACCUGUUCUACACAGCAAACGGCGACAUGGUGUACUACGCGGCGGCCGUGGGCAUCGUGUACAACAAGACUACGCACUCGCAAAAGUUUUUCCUGGGUCACACCGACGACAUCAUGUGCCUGGCCAUCCACCCGGACAGAAAUUUGGUGGCCACAGGGCAGAACGGCGUGGUUCCGUUCGUGUGCGUGUGGGACACCCGCGACCAGUGCCUCGUCCGCCGCAUCGACUACGAGGAGGGCAUGUGCGCAAUCGUGUGCGCGGCGUUCUCCCCGGACGGCCGGUACCUGGCCGCGGUCGCCACGGACAACAACCACACCAUCUUCAUCCACGACUGGGCCAAGGGGACCCGGGUCUGGACCGGGCGCGGGGCCGCGGGGGAGCCGCCGCAGGUGUUCGGCGUUUGUUGGUCGCCGUUCCAUCCCAACGUAUGGGCUUCGUACGGAGUCAAGCACCUCAAGUUCUGGCGCCUGCGCGACGGCACGUGGCAGGAAAUGACUGGCGCGUACGGCCGCAGCGCGCAGCCGUUCAACAUUUUGAGCUGCGUGUUCCUGCCCAGCGGAACGGUGCUGGCCGGAACGCUGGACGGACAGAUCAGCGUGUGGGCGGACGGAAAGCUGCAGUACCUCGUCGAUGCGCACACGGACGCGUCCAAGCUGACGCAGAUGACGGGAGCCAAACGUCAGCGAGGGCUGCGCUGCAUCACCCUACGGAGCGACAAGACCACGCUGCUGAGCGCCGGGAGCGACGGCUUCGUGCAUCAGUGGGACGUCAGCUCGGGGACGCUGCCCCGGAACGCUCGGCCCAUAAACCGGCCGGGCUUUCUGUCGCACGUUCUGCGCAGCCCGCACAAGGGGGAGCGGCUCCCCACCAUCAAGGGGCUGGACUGCCAGGUGGACAAUGACAACGAUACCUUCAUCGUCGGCACGAGCAAGUGCGAGAUCUGGGAGGUGGGCGAUGAGUCGGCGGAGGUGCUGAUCCACGGCCACACGGACGACAUCUACACCGCGGAGUGGCACCCCAAGCUGCCCAAUCUGUACGUGAGCGCGUGCGAAUCUGGCCGCGUGUACGUGUGGGACGCAAUGAAGCGGCGGCUGUUGCGCACCUGCCAAGUAGGCUUCCCCUGCCGCUCGGUCGCCAUCCAACCGGGCUCCGACAACCCGCAUAUCGCGGUCGGGGGGAAAGGCGGACAGACGUGCGUGGUGCGGUUUAGCAACCUGGAGCCGCUGUUCACGUGGAAGGACUGCGCCAACAGCAUCGACGACCUCAAGUAUUCCCCGGACGGCUCCAAGCUCGCGACGGCCAGCCACGACCUCGUCAUCGACCUGUACAACGCGCGGGACUCGUACACGCACAUCGCGCGCUGCCACGGCCACAGCGCGACCGUGAGCCACGUGGACUGGUCCGCGGACGGGAGCAUCAUGCAGACCAACUGCAACGACUACGAGAUUUUAUACUGGGACGCGCGCACUGGCCGCAAGGUGACGUCGAGCAUGCGCGACGUGGACUGGGCCACGUGGACGUGCGUGCUAGGCUUUCCGGUGAUGGGCAUCUGGCGGACAGACAUGGACGGAACGGACAUCAACUCGUGCGACCGCAGCCGCUCGCGGCAGUACCUCGUCACGGCAGAUGACUUUGGGCGCGUCAGUCUCAUGAACUACCCGGCGGUCGUGCAGCACGCGCCGGUCAAAGUUUUCACCGGACACUCCAGCCACGUCCAGAACGUCCGCUUCUCACCGGACGACGCGCGCGUCAUCAGCGCGGGCAGCCACGACCGCGCCGUCUUCCAGUGGCGGACGCACGCAAUCCGCCGGAACGCCAACGGAACAAUCGCCUCCGACCCGGAUCCGCUGUGCACGGAGGAGGACUGCGCCGCGUGCGGCACGCGGCCGGCGCCGCCGCCCCCGCCGCGCGUGUGGGGCGCGCUCGACGAUUCCGGCCUGCACUUCGGGUGGGUGCGGAACGACGGAACGGGGCGGUGGAGCAGAAGAACGUCGACGCUUGUGGAGGAAGAAGACACCGAGAGCGACUUUGCGGGAGACGAAGAGGGGGGCGGCCAAGCGGAGAGUGGUGCUGUCGGUGGGAGCUUUGCUUCUCGCGACCGGUUGGCAGUGGGACAAGGCCCCGGGCAGGCUGGCAAGCAGGGAAAAGGAGGGGUACCGCAGCAGGCGGGGGAGAACAACAGGGGGGGUUUCCGGGGAGGAAAAGAUGCAGACGAAUACUUUGGCGAGCGAGUCGGCGGUGGUAGCUUUGCUUCAAGUGACCGUCUAGCCCCGGAGCAAGGCCCAAAAAAAACGGUCAGAGAAGUUCACCGGGACGAAAGACGAGCCGAGCAGCGAGUAGACGGAAACCAUCUACCGGGCGAGAGUUUCGUGGGCGGAGGCGUUGUUUCCGAAAAUCGUAUUGGCCGCGAUCAAGACCUGGCAGAAAGUCCCAAGCAGGAAAGACGGAGUGGGCCGCAGGUGGAGGAAACGAUCGGGGGUCGCUACCGGGACGAGAGGCGGUUUGAGCAGCAGGCACAUGCGGGGGAUCACUCUGAAGAGCAUGUCUUUGCUUCCCGCGACCGUUUGCCUCAAGGACAAGCCCCCGGGCACUUUGCCGAGCAGGGAAGAAGGGGAGCGCAGCAGGCGGCCGAGAAAGCCGGGGGUGUGUACAGAGAAGAGAGGAGGCUCGAACAGCAAGGAAACGUGGACGGAAACCUUCUCGCCGGAAACUUUGCAUCGCGAGAGCCUUUAGGCCCGGGGCAAGCCGCCGGGCAGGGGCCGAAACAGCAAAGAGGCGGUGUGCAGCAGGCAGGGGAGAAAGACGGGGGCAUUCACCGGGAUGAAGUGCGCGUCGGGCCGCAAGAGGACGUCAAGCGGAUGAUCCAGCGAAACGAUCCGGAGGCGGGAAUGCAGAAGACUGACGACGGAACAACCGGGGGGAAAGCGGGUUGGGGUCAAGGUGACCGAUCAAGCGGUGUUGUCGGCAAUGGGUAUUCUCGGGAAGAGAACAGUGCCCGGCCAGUCGAGAGUGAGCCGGACUGGUCUCGUGCUCCGCAGAAAGAAGGAUUCGGUCGGGAUGGCUAUCCGGAGAGUCCUGGCAAUGCUUAUCAAGAGACCAGAAAUGCUGCGUAUCGUGAUACUACAGAUGCUGCGAGGCCGACAAAGGGCAGGCAAGCUCACGACGAGGAGCGAUGGGCUUCCGACCAGGACACUCGGUCAAGGCCCCCAGGAAAUCUCCUGAAAGACUCUGGGGGCUAUCCUCCGGCCAAUAAUAAGAGUGAGGUUGCGCCGGCUUCACCAUCUUAUCCCCGGGUGGAUGACAGUCGAAGUCGGCCGGGGGUGGAACCAACCGGGAACCCUGGGCAGCGGCGGCAGGCUCCUGACGACGCUCGAAGGGAUCCCCAGUCACAUGCGCCCCCGGCAGAUUUUAACCGCCCAAACGCCUCACAGCCGGCCGUUUCGCGGCCGGUCGACAAUCGUAACGCCAGCCGUGCACGGGGGCAGAACCCAAACAGUCCCUCAAGUGGGGCCCAAUCACUUCAACCGGGCGCAUUUGAGCCGACGCCUUCGCACGCGGCCGAACCCUGGGGCACCAGCCAGGCGGUCCCUGGGCAGCAGUACCAGAUUGCGCCACAGCCACAACAGGGCCCGGGGGUUCCGGUGCCGGGUGGCUGGAGACCGGAGCAGCGGAACGACGGACCGCAGCGGCGGCCUGUAGAGCAGAGCUUCGAAGUGCACGACGAGAUGCUGGAGUGGGGCGGGGAGGAAGUCGACGAAGAGAUCGAGGAAGUGUAGCGGAGGAUGUAGAUGCGCAGAGCUAGUUUGCAUAAUAGAGCAGGGGUCCACAAGAGGCGACCUGCGAGGAACAUCACACCGUGCAUGAGCAGUUUCAUUCCGGAAUCAAGACUUGUCACUCAAAGGUGGCUCUUGAAUCUGAAAGAUGUCGUCAUAUGAGCGAUCGAGCGUGGCGCUUUCUCGAGACGGCUGCCCUCGUGCAUGCACGCGCUGAAGCCGCUGGCACCAGAC